UUGUUUUGGUUCAGUCCUUUCAUCUGCAGAGUCUCUGAAUGAAGUGGAGAUGGCAAGAAACGAAGAGAAACAACAAGGGAGACUCAACAGACUGUGGCUUCAGAAAGAGAGGGAGGAGGGACGCCUCAAAGAUGUUCGUGAGCGACGACCCAAACUGUCAACCCUUAAUACAGCCUCCUCUGUAAAGAAGUGGAUCCCCAGCAUCAAGAAAGAAAUAGAGUAUUAUCUACAGCAAUCCCAGCUUUCUCAUUACCCCGAGAGGAAGAUUGCGGAGUUCCAGUUUCGCAUUGAGGCUUUGGAAAAAGAGUACAAACGCUUCAUCACCAAACUACGAGUUCUCGACCCCUCGUGUAAGCAUAAGCCGUGGACUCCUCGCGCAUACCUCAAAAAGAGAGCUGACACUCAAGAAUGCCCAACCAACGAUAUAAACCCUCGGGCCGGUGAGUCCCAUCGUGGAAGCAGUCAGUACAGUACAGGUGAGAGUGACUUGGCCAGCAGUGGGACAGGAACUUUGAAAUCCUCAGACACAGAGGAACCUCUCAGCUUUUCAGAGACCAGAUUUCAAACCCUUGUGCCCACCAACCUGGCCUCAGAGACCUCUGAGUCUGUCUGUCCAGCCCAGGACCAGCCCCUCGCCUUUGAUCAGACACGGCUGGCAGUCGCUGCUGCUGCAUUCAGAGGAGCUUCACUUCAGAUCAGUUCUUCUCAAACACAAAGGCUUGCCAGCCUUCUGCAGUCUGGGCUGCCAAAUCUGAGUAAUUCUCCAUUGAGAACACAAACAUUUUCAUCCCAGAAUGGAGACAGAGAGAACAAUGAUGUAGCAACAGAUGAUUCUGCUGUUGGACAGAGAGCUGCCAUCCAGGAGAAGAAGUUGGACUGUGAUGCAGCUGACAGGAUACCUGGGAAAUCAUCUAACUCUGAGGAAGCAGAAGAGAGGACUGGUCAUGUCCUGGGACUAGACUGUUACUCUUCUUCUGAUGAGGACUGUGAUGCAUAAUGUCAUGCAGUAGUCCACAAUUUCUGAGUUCUACACCUACAGCUCUGCUCAAGUACUGUAAAGCUGCUCUUCACCUCACAAGAGAGACUGCCAUUAAUACACAAGGCAUUUUGCUCAUGGUAUGUUUUAUAACACAUGGGUAUGUUAACAGCAUAAAAAACCGUUGAUUUUCACCAGAAGGGGUUUUUAAUAACUUUGUUAAUUGCAUACCACCAUAGAGUCUUUCUCAGCAUUUUUCUAUCUCCAGCUCCUCCUCAACAACAAAGACCUGCAUUCUCUCAGGUAUUUAAGAUUACUCUUACGCUGUGUCAGAUUGAGAUAAAAUUACGAAUGGAGACAUUUAAGUUCACAAAAUCUGCUACAUAAGUAAAAUAGUGUACUUCCACAAAAGCAUGAGUAAUGUUUUGUUAUGCAUGUCAAGUUUUAGAAAAUCAUUCAUUGUCAGGCUCUGUAUCACUUGUGCAAUCAGUCAUCAUGACCACAAUUACCUCCAUUAUGCAAUAGAAAGGAGCAAGUCUGUGAGAAACUGACAGUAAUCGGUGGAAAUGUCUGCAGAUUUCGUGAUUCAUUUUACUCUCUUGAUCUGGUUGCAUAAACUGGAGCAGCAGCAGUGAAUACGGCCUGGUUAGACCCCAAACCCCACCCUCCCACUUAACACACACUGUGCUGCUACUGCUACUGCUUAGAGGACCGCUUUCAGCUUGAUGAUUCUGGGAAACAGAUCAGCUUGUAGAAUGCAGCCUGUGCAGUUUAUGGUUAAGUCUGACGUAGUUAACCUUUUGGUUUGAGCUCUGCUGUGCGCUGCAAGGUGGGUUUCCCUUUUGGCUCUGCUUGAACUUGGAGAAAUGAAACUUUAGCGGAACUGAUACCUUAGAAUUUCCUUUGGAGUUACUAAAAUACGCACGCAGCACUUUACGCAAUGAACAAGGUUUGCUUCACUUCAGAAUUGUAAAUCAUCUUGAAGCCGAAGUUUCGGUGGAGGUCUGCAUGACACAGCGCUGUUGCAGCCCCCUCCACCGCAAUAUUUGCUUUUUUUUUCUGUAAAGCUGGAAAGACACCCUUCAUCAAAAACCACCGAAAGCUCACUAAAGAGUGCUCACUGAUAAUUGCAAGCAGAUUUUCUUGAUGAAACGACAGAUAAAAGCGGAUGCCUGUCUGGAAACCAUUGCACCCACAAUGGUAUAGUAAUCGCUCCGUGUCUGAGGAACCGAACGCAAAAGAAUGAUGAAGACCACACUCUUAUUAGUUAUUGACAGAGUGGGUAGAGAAGCGGUGUCAGCUUUCCUGUAAGCUCAUCUCUGAGGUAUUGUUUGGGGUUAAUCUCACCGCUCUAAAGUAUCGUUGCGUCUCUCGCUGCCAAUUUCUCACAAGCAGUCGUCACAAAAGCCAGAGCACAGACAUAUGUCCUUUUCAUGUGGCAGCAGAAUCUUCCCACCAAGAAUACUCUGUACAACUGAAACUGCUCUAUCACUGUUUACUAACACGCUCUUAAAGCGCAAUAAAAACUGAUCUCAUGACUAA